CUAUCCAAUUCCGUAAUCCUUUACGCUUUUAAUUUCACUAUCCUCCACAGUUUAGUUGAAAAUCCCUUCGGAAUCCUAGAUUCCAUGGCGCCGAGGAAGAAAUAAUCCGAAGGGAUUGCUUGCUGUCCAUAUACAACGACGAGGAUGACGAAGAUAUGGAAGACAUCGAAGAAGAUCACUGCCAACAAGCUGAAGAAUUACAUGAUCACACCGCCUCUGGAAGAAAAUGACCACGGAGAAUCAAACAGAAUGGAAGAAGAUUCGACAACUGACGAUAAUAUGCUGCCGUUUCCGCACCAAACCUCCACUUCUCAAUAUCAACGACUAGUUUCUUCGAAAAGUAGUGGCCGAGGAAAGCUUAACAUUGUUGAUUACGGCCACGAUGAAGCUGCCGUCUCGUCGGAGCACGAGGAAGGAGAAUUAGGAAGCAAUGAUGAUCUUAUGUUUGGUUUAGAGCAUCAGAUUGCUAAUGGUACUUAA